AUGUUCUUUCGACCAAAUGCCACGUGUCACUUUCUCGUUUGUCAGUUUUCUUUCCGUUUCUCUUUUGAAACUCCAAAUCCACACAACGGUAACGGCCUUGGAAGUUGGAAACUCCAUUCAUCAAUGGCGUCUGAAAACCCCAACCAGAGAAACUCCCUGUACCCGCAGGUUAUCGAAUCAGAGCCCGAAGCAUGUUCUUCGAACCAUUCCUCCUCUCUCUAUCCCAAAAUCGACGAGGUCGGCGACCUCGUCGAAAACCUCUUCCCGGACAACACCAGCCCCUCCGCGCCGCCGGUCGCCGCCGAAGAGGUCCUCAUCAAGGUCCCCGGCGCCAUCCUCCACCUCAUCGACAAGGACUGCAGCGUCGAGCUCGCCUGCGGCAACCUCACCAUCAUCUGCCUUCGCCAGGGCCAGAGCCUUGUUGCCGUCUAUGCGCGAGUCGGAGACGAGAUCCAGUGGCCCCUGGCGAAGGACGAGGCCGCUGUCAAGGUCGAUGACUCUCACUACUUCUUCUCUCUCCGUGUUCCGAAGGAGGAAUCGGAUUCCUCCUCAAGCGACGAGGAGGGAGAAAAAGCAAAACAUCAGAAUAAGAAAAAGAAGAAGAAUAAGAAAAACAAAGAUUCCAGUGCCAGCGUGCUGAGCUAUGGCUUAACGAUAGCGUCAAAGGGGCAGGAGGAUUUGCUGAAGGAGCUGGACAAGGUGUUGCAGGAAUGCAGUGCUUUCUCGGUGCAGAAGGUGUCGGAGAAGGCAAAGAAGGAGGGGGAGGCGUUGGAUGCGUCGCUGGAGUUGACAAUAUCGCCGGCAGAUUUGGAGACAGAGGAGAAAAAGGAGAUGAUGGAGGAGAAGUGUGCCGCGUAUUGGACUACAUUGGCUCCUAAUGUGGAGGAUUACAGUGGAACCGCUGCAAAACUUAUUGCGGCUGGUUCUGGACAAUUGGUUAAGGGGAUUCUGUGGUGUGGGGAUGUGACGGUAGAGCGGUUGCGGUGGGGGAAUGAGGUCAUGAAGAGGAGGAUGGCUCCGGGUUCUCAGGGAGAGAUUAGUCCUGAAACCUUGAAGCGGAUCAAAAGGGUUAAGAAAGUGACCAAAAUGACAGAGAGUGUGGCAAAUGGGGUUCUCACUGGGGUUGUGAAGGUCUCUGGAUUUUUCACUAGUUCAAUGGCAAAUUCAAAAGCCGGAAAGAAAAUUUUCAGCCUUCUACCUGGAGAAGUUGUGCUUGCAUCAUUGGAUGGAUUCAGCAAAGUGUGUGAUGCUGUUGAAGUAGCAGGAAAAAGUGUCAUGUCAACAUCUAACACUGUGACAACCGAGCUUGUCAAUCACAGAUACGGAGAAGAAGCUGCUAAGGCAACAAGUGAAGGACUGGAUGCUGCUGGUCAUGCUGUGGGUACUGCAUGGGCCGCAUUUAAGAUUCGACAGGUUCUUAAUCCUAAGAGUGUUAUAAAACCUACCUCACUGGCCAAAUCUGCAGCUAAAGCUGCUGCUGCAGAACUUAAGAAUAAAAGGUCCAAGUGAUUUCUGGCAGGAGUUCUUCAAUUAAGAUUUUGACCAUCCUAACAUCAAUAGUCACUGCUAUUCAUUACCACCGUUUCUUUCAGGCCAGGUGGGAACAUUGUAUAUAUUAGAGGUGGAAACAUUGAUGUAUGUUUUGAUGUUUUUUCUUUACUGUAUAGAUAUGGUUACUGUAUUUAUUGUUCUGGCAGCAAGAACUUCACUCAUUUUUAGUGAUUAG